CCAGUGUGUCCAACGUCCAACACCGUCCCAGUACUGGCUCCUGAUCAAUACCAUCAUCGAUGAACAUGGGAUAACUUGAUCGAGAUGGAUGAAUUCACCGCAGACGCAUUCGUCAAUCGCGACGAACCACUUCCUUUGAUAUCGGUUCCGACUGACGAUGCCGAGACGGGAGAAGAAAGAACAAGAAAGCGAGACAAAGUCAGACGCACUCUAUCACCAUCGCGCCUGAAGGCCAAAAGCCAUGGGUUCCUUGCUUCUCAGCUAGAAGAGCACGAGCCAGCGACAGCAAGCAAGCCCUCCCUUCAAGACAGACUGUUUUCCAAGAUCCUCCAACAAGUCAUCCCGGCAGAAGAUGUUGAUGAUGACGAAGAGGGCGAAUCCGCGAUCCCGGUUGAUCAUCGAUCGUCCAAGUAUGUCGCACGACCCGCCUUCAGCCUCCCUCUUAUGACCAACAACUUCCGCCGCUUCAACGCUCGCAUCGGGAUAGUUUUCGUGUUUCAGAACCGAGUCAUCCGCCUCUUCACCUGGCGUACACCUACUCACACUCUGUCUUUCCUGGCGGCAUACACGUUUGUCUGCCUGGAUCCAUAUCUCCUCGUGGUUCUUCCCGUCGCCGUCGCCCUUCUCUUCAUCAUGAUUCCGGCCUUCACCUCACGCCACCCACCGCCUCCGCAGCAGUCGACGUCCAGCACGACUCCCUACUCAUAUCAACAAGCCUACACCGGCCCGGCACUGGCUCCCGCUCGGACCAUCAAGCCCGCGAGCGAGACCUCCAAAGACUUCUUCCGCAACAUGCGUGACCUCCAAAAUUCCAUGGCCGACUUUUCCAACCUCCACGACGCUCUCGUGCAAUCGAUUGCCCCGGUCACGAACUUCAGCAACGAAGCCUUCUCCUCACAAGUAUUCCUGUACCUCACGAUCCUGACCACCGCUUCGCUGAUCACGGCUCACCUUCUGCCCUGGCGCCUGAUCGCCCUCGUUCUAGGGUGGACGGUCACUGUAUCAUCCCACCCAACCGCACAGUCAUACCUGCUGCGGCUACAGAAACGGGCCGAAGCACAAACACAACAAGCCCUCAACGAUCCAGCCCUCAGACACGCACGCUACAUUCACGGCAUCCCUCUCCCCGCCACCCCGGCGGCCAUCCAUUCUUCGCUCACCGCGUUCUCCGAGGUCACCCUCUCCACGACCCCAGAGACACGGGAAGUGGAGAUUUUUGAACUCCAACACCGUCCGCUCCGGUCGGUCGCAUCCGACAAGGCCGCAGAAUGGCAACCUCACCUCUUCACCCCCUCCCCGUACGACCCGCUCUCGCCCUCGCGCAUAGCGGGCGACCGCCCACGAGGGACACGGUUCUUCGAGGAUGUGUCGCCGCCCGAUGGCUGGGAGUGGGCCUCGAAGAAGUGGGAACUCGACCUCGAAGCCGGGGAGUGGGUGAACGAUCGUCUCGUCGUGGGCGUGGAGUAUGACGUACUGCACCACGGCGCGGACGGCGCGAGCGCCGCCGUCUCGACGGCCCGACGAGAGAGUGUCAAUGCGGAUUUUGGAGGCUGGGUGUGGGACCUACCACCGGUCCCGGGCAGUGGCGCGAGCCGCGAGGACGACCUGUGGCUGGCCUACGGAGACUACAACGUCCCGUCCCUCAAUCGAGAGGACGAGGGGAACAAAAGGAAGAAGCAGAGGAGCGAAAGGGAUCAGAAGUCGAAGAAGCUGACCAAGGACUGGGAGGAGGCGACGGUGUUUGACAAUACGGGACGGACAGGGGAGUGGAGGAGGAGGCGGUGGGUGAGGCUCGUCAAGCGUCAGACCAUCGAGACCGUCAGUUGAAGUAGCGUGAUUAACCAGUCACCGCCUGUACAAGGUCACAAUCUACAUUACUUUGGCCUCGCAAUGAACUUACGAUCCCCACUUACGAGGUCACACUGAACUCGAACGACUCAAAAGUUGGGGGCGGGUACGAUGUAGAGACGGCGGACACUGGCUCGAACUGAACGAGACAAAACGAGGGUUGAGGAAUCACGGUUAUGCAGGGAGAAAAACUCAUUGUCAACGCCAAACAUUUCCAUUCGACUAGUCAGGGCCCUCAUGGGGAAUUUUAGACCUCGAGGGUCUUUGCCUUGCCGUCGACCUUGUUGUUGUCCUGGUCGGCCCAGUCGAUGACCACGGACGGUGCCUCGACGACAGUACUGUCGUCGGGCAUGAUGACGGCGGAGGGGGACGGAGAAGAAGAAGCGCCGUCGCGUUGCACGUGCCUCUUCUUGAGAGGACUCAUCAUGUCGGCGGCCAACUUGCGCGGCGACGUCGCCACACCUUCCCCGUCCCCCUUUCUCGUCUCGUUGUCGUCGGUGGUGGUGGUGGUGGUGGUGUUGGUGGCGUUGAUGGUCACGAAGAGCGUGCCGAGCGGGAGGAUGAGGUAGACCGAAGGCAACAAGAGGGCGGGAAGAACCCAUUCGUUGCCGGUGUAGACGAUUUGCAUGAUGCAAAAGAUGACUGUCAAUUUUUGAUCAGAAAAAAAACCCCCCCAAAAACGAAGCAGAAUCAAGAGACAGAGAGAGAAGGUAGAGGCAAAGAUAUCUGUCGACAAUAAAAGCAAAGACUUACGUGGUACGAGGCAAGAUUGAAUUCCCAAGAGACCCAAAAGAUUCAACGCCGAAUGGUAGACGCUCUCUGAUUUGAUGAUGGAAAAGGGUCGACGCCACAUGAUUUCAAGGACCGAGAAGAGGUUGACGAGGGAAAAGCUGCCGAUGCUGAUGGCGUAGAGCAACUGUGUAAAACCAUGUCAGAACAAAAACCCCAGGUGGGUAAGUAGGUAAGUAGGUACGCAGGUGCGGAGCAGAAGGAGGUGUAGAAUAUGCAGUCGCUUCCGAAGCCUGGAGG